CGCCCUGGCGGCCAUGGACAUUCCCAGCAUCCCCUAUGAGAGGCGUCUUCUCAUCAUGGCGGACCCGAGAGAUAAGGCUCUGCAGGACUACCGCAAGAAGCUGCUUGAGCACAAGGAGAUCGAUGGACGCCUCAAAGAGUUAAGAGAACAGUUGAAAGAGCUUACCAAGCAAUAUGAAAAGUCUGAAAAUGAUCUGAAGGCCCUACAAAGUGUUGGGCAGAUUGUUGGUGAAGUGCUUAAACAAUUAACAGAAGAAAAAUUCAUUGUUAAAGCAACAAAUGGACCAAGAUAUGUUGUGGGUUGUCGGCGUCAGCUCGACAAAAGUAAGCUGAAGCCAGGGACAAGAGUUGCUCUGGAUAUGACUACACUAACUAUCAUGAGAUACUUGCCAAGAGAAGUUGAUCCAUUGGUUUACAACAUGUCUCAUGAAGACCCUGGGAAUGUUUCCUAUUCUGAGAUUGGAGGGCUUUCCGAACAAAUCAGAGAAUUAAGAGAGGUAAUAGAAUUACCGCUUACAAAUCCUGAAUUAUUCCAGCGUGUAGGAAUAAUACCUCCAAAAGGUUGUUUGCUAUAUGGACCACCAGGAACAGGAAAAACAUUGUUGGCAAGAGCCGUUGCUAGCCAGCUGGACUGCAAUUUUUUAAAGGUUGUAUCCAGUUCUAUUGUAGACAAGUACAUUGGUGAAAGUGCUCGUUUGAUCAGAGAAAUGUUUAAUUAUGCCAGGGAUCACCAACCAUGCAUCAUUUUUAUGGAUGAAAUAGAUGCUAUUGGUGGCCGUCGUUUUUCUGAGGGUACUUCAGCUGAUAGAGAAAUUCAGAGAACUCUAAUGGAGUUAUUGAAUCAGAUGGAUGGAUUUGAUACUUUACACAGAGUAAAAAUGAUCAUGGCUACAAACAGACCAGACACAUUGGAUCCUGCUUUGUUGCGUCCAGGAAGAUUAGAUAGAAAAAUACAUAUUGAUUUACCAAAUGAACAAGCAAGAUUAGACAUAUUGAAGAUUCAUGCAGGGCCCAUCACAAAACAUGGUGAAAUAGAUUAUGAAGCAAUUGUGAAGCUCUCAGAUGGCUUUAAUGGAGCAGAUCUGAGAAAUGUUUGCACUGAAGCAGGUAUGUUUGCAAUUCGUGCUGAUCAUGAUUUUGUAGUACAGGAAGAUUUCAUGAAAGCAGUCAGGAAAGUGGCUGAUUCUAAGAAGUUGGAAUCUAAACUAGAUUAUAAACCUGUCUAAGCUAUACUUCUUAAAAGACAUUAGCAUAAUAUAAAAAUAAAGUUGAGGAAAAUUA